GGAGGCUGGCGCUUAGAGCGGGGGCUGCGCGGAGCGGGAAGGAGCGCGGGGAGCUGUAGGGCCCAGCCGGCCCAAGGGCGCCCUCGCCUCGGGCCCGCGGCCGAGGCGGAGAAGUUUGGCACCUCGGGGCCCGGCGUCCCGGGGUCUCGGGGGCCGCGGCAAGCAGGGCCAUGGGGGCGAGCGCGGAGGUGGCGAGGUGCGCAGCGAGCUCCUGGAGCGACGCGGCCGAGGCGGCGCAAAGUUAGCCCGGCGCCCCGGGACGAGCGCCGCAGCCUGGGCCAUGGGCGAACACCCCAGCCCCGGCCCCGCAGUGGCCGCUUGCGCCGAGGCGGAGCGCAUCGAAGAGCUGGAGCCCGAGGCCGAGGACCGGCUGCCCGCCGCGCCAGAAGACCACUGGAAAGUCCUGUUUGAAAAGUUUGACCCCGGGAGCACCGGCUACAUCAGCACAGGAAAAUUCCGGAGCCUCCUGGAGAGCCACAGCUCUAAGCUGGAUCCACACAAAAAGGAGGUGCUGCUAGCUCUCGCUGACAGCCAUGCAGACGGGCAGAUCUGCUACCAGGACUUUGUCAACCUGAUGAGCAACAAGCGUUCCAACAGCUUCCGCCAGGCCAUCCUUCAGGGCAACCGCAGGCUGAGCAGCAAGGCCCUGCUGGAGGAGAAGGGGCUGAGCCUCUCCCAGCGGCUCAUCCGCCACGUGGCCUACGAGACCCUGCCCCGAGAGAUUGACCGCAAGUGGUACUACGACAGCUACACCUGCUGCCCCCCACCCUGGUUCAUGAUCACAGUCACCCUGCUGGAGGUUGCCCUUUUCCUGUACAAUGGGGUUCUACUGGAUCAGUUUGUGCUGCAGGUGACGCACCCUCGGUACCUGAAGAACUCUCUGGUUUAUCACCCGCAGCUCCGUGCACAGGCUUGGCGCUAUGUGACAUACAUCUUUAUGCAUGCAGGGGUAGAGCACCUAGGACUCAAUGUGGUGCUGCAGCUGCUGGUGGGGGUGCCGCUGGAGAUGGUGCAUGGAGCCACCCGAAUCGGGCUUGUCUAUGCAGCUGGCGUUGUGGCAGGCUCCUUGGCUGUGUCUGUGGCUGACAUGACUGCACCCGUUGUGGGCUCUUCCGGAGGGGUGUAUGCGCUCGUCUCUGCCCACUUAGCCAACAUUGUCAUGAACUGGUCAGGCAUGAAGUGCCAGUUCAAGCUGCUGCGGAUGGCUGUGGCCUUGAUCUGUAACAGGGUUUCUCUGUGUAUCUUUGGAGCCUGUCCUGGAUCUCGCUAUGUAGACCAGUCUGGACUCAAAUUUACAGAGAUCUGCCAUCUUCUCCCUCUCGAAUGCUGGAAUUAAAGGUGUGUGCCACCACUGCCUGGCACCACACUGAUUUUUAUGUAGACUCUGUGCAUGCUAGGCAAGCACUGUACCAACUGAACUACAUCACCCAGACCCUUUAUGUCUUGUUUUGGUGGUCCCCCUGCCCCUCAGACAGGGUUUCUCUGUAGCUCUGUAGCCCUGGCUGUCCUGGAACUUGCUCUGUAAACCAGGCUAACCUCAAACUCACAGAGAUCCGCCUGCCUCUGCCUCCCAAGUGCUGGGAUUAAAGGUGCGCGCCACCAUCGUCCAACACAAGUACCAAUGACUACUGAACCAUCUCAUCUCUCCAACCCUACUUCUUAAACCUUUUAUAGACAUAAAGUAUUUAAACAGAAAAGUACCCAGUGACCAAUGGGAUCAAGAGAAAUAGCUGCAUGACUUUUUGGGUUGUGAACUUGACCUUUUAGUAUAUGUGUCUAUUGUGUGUGCAUGCACAGUUAAAUCUGCAGGUAGAGAUACGGAGAUGGCUGGAAAGAUGGCUCAGAGAUUAGGAGCACUGGCUGUUCUUCCAGAAGUCCUGACUUCAAUUCCUAGCAACCACAACUAUCUAAAAUGAGAUCUGGUGCCCUCUUCUGGCCUUCAGGCAUGCAGGCAGAACACUGGUAUACAUAAUAAAUAAACACAUCUUUUUUUAAAGAAAAAAAAAAGACCACUUACUGCUGUCGCAAAGGACCUGGGUUUUGCUCCCAGUACCAACACACAGCACUUCACAACUGUUUGUAACUCCAGUUCCAGGGAAUCCAAAGCCCUUUUUUUUGUCCCUGUGGGCAUUGCACAUGCUUGGUGCGUAAACAUACAUUGCAAACAAAACCCCCGCACACAUAAAAUAAGAACAAGGAAUUUUUUUUUUUUUAAACAAACUUGUAGUCUUGCUCAGUGGUGUGACACAUGUCUAUAAUCCUAGCACUUUAGGAAGCUAGGGCAAGAGGGUUGGGUUUUUAAAAUAUUUUAUUUAUUCAUUUUCAUGUGCAUGGGUGUUUUGCCUGCAUCAUUGUCUGUGUACCAUCUGUAUGCACUGCCCAGGGAGGCCAGAAGAGAGCAUCAGAUCCCCUGGAACAAGUUAGAGACAGUUGUGAGCCGCCCUGUGGGUGCUUGGAGUCAGACCUAGGUCAUAUGAAGAGCAGCCAUUGCUCUUAACUGCUAAGCUAGUUCUCCAGCCCCAAGAGAACUGAAUUUGGAAGCCAACCUGGACUACAGAGUAAAAUGUUGUCUCAGGCUGCCCCCACCUCCACACAAGCAAACCUUGCACUUUUAGCAGAGUCACAAACUGUAGUGGCUCCUUUGCUCAUUUUGUGCUGGGACCCUAGUCAGGACAGGUCCAUUCUGCUGACUGAGAGGCCUGGAUAUAAAGACAAGUGUGCGCGCGCACACGCACACAGACAGACAGACAGACACAGAGUGAAAGGCUGAUGAGACCUGAAGCCUCAGGGCUCACCCUUUAAUGUAAAGAGUGAGAGGGGGAAAGAACACCUUCUCCUUUACUUUCCAAAACAUAUGUGUGGGAAGCAUAGGAUUAGGUUUAAUUCAUAAGUGUAAACUUGAGCUUCAGAGAGCGCUAAGAUCAUCAGCUCAAAGGAAGUAUGCCCAGAAUAUUGAAAUACGCCAUUACUAACGCUCCGCAGUUUAGCCACGCUGGACAGGGGCCACCAAGGGUUUCUCAGCCUGGGCCAUACCUGUUGUAUGGUAAGAGGAAGACAUAAGCAGAGCAAACUCUGAUGGAGUCAGACCCGCAAGCGCUCACCUUAAUUUCACUUCCACGGCCCCCACCUCUUACGUUAGGCCUUUGGAAAGUCGUCAGCCCCGACCUACCAGGAGCCUCUUCUUGGUCUUAUCUUUUUUGUUUGUUUGUUUUAAAAUAAAACCCAUUGUAAACAUUAUAAAAGCUGCGGCUGGAGAGAUGGUUCAGUGGUUAAGAGUACUCACUACUCUUUCAAAGGUCCUGAGUUCAAUUCCUAGCACCCACAUGGCAGCUCACAAAUGUCUGGUGCUGUCUUUUGGUGUGCAGAUGUACAUGUAGACAAAGUACCCAUAUACCAAAAUACAUAAGUAAAGCUUUAAAAAAAAUUCCUAGAAGGUGAUGAAAGAGGUGGGAGAGGAACCAUCAUCUUUUACAGCCUUUUCCUUUAUUGGCCCCAGACCCAGCAAACAAAGCCUGGAAGCACCACCCGGCUGGGGUAUCUCUAGAGCAUGGCCCUACUGCUCCUUUUCCACCCUCUGCUGGCUGGCUGUGGGGUUGCAGGGCACUCUGAAGACAUCAAGCUGUUAGUCCCUAAAGGGAAGGAGGUUCCUGGGUUCCUGGGUGACACAUUGAUGAAAUGCAUGUGGUGAAACAGUCCCCUCAGAGACCGGUCUUUUAAUCUGUCAGGUUUGCUUUGCUAUCCCUCCCAGUCUGGAAAAUAAGGAUAAGAAUUCCUACUUUCUCAGGGUCUGAAGAGAUAGCUCAGUGGUUUAAGAGUGCUUGCUGCUCUUCCAGAGGACCAGGGUUCAAUUUCCAGCACCCACAUGACAGUUCACAACUGUCUGUAACUCUUUUUUUUUUUUGUUUUGUUUUGUUUUUCGAGACAGGGUUUCUCUGUAGCUUUGGAGCCUGUCCUAGAACUAGUUCUUUUAGACCAGGCUGGUCUCGAACUCACAGAGAUCCGCCUGCCUCUGCCUCCCAAGUGCUGGGAUUAAAGGCAUGCGCCACCACCGCCCAGCCUGUCCGUAACUCUUGAUCCAGGGGAUCUGACACCCUCACAUAGACAUACUUGUGGGCAAAACACCAAUGAACUACACACACACACACAUAUAUAUAUAUAUUUUAAGGGUACAUGCAUUUAAUCUCAGCACUUGGGAGGUAAAGGCAGGCAGAUUUCUAAGUGUGAGACAAGCCUGUUCUACAGAGUGAGUUCCAAGACAGCCAGGGCUACACAGAGAAACCCUGUCUCAAGAAAACAAAAAAAGAAUACCUGCUUUCAACCAGACUUGAUGGUGCACACCUUUAAUCACAGCGCUCAGGGAGACAGAGCUCUGUGAAUUCAAGACGUCCUUGCCCACAGUGAGUUUCAGGAUAUCCCAGACUUCAUUGUGAGGCCUCAGGUCGAAAAGAGAAAGGAAAGCAGGAAGGGAGGAAAGGUAGGAGGGAGAAAGAAAAUCCUUUCCCUGCCCCUUGGGUAUUGGGAAAUGGGGUGGCACUAUUGCCCAGCCCCUUUCCUUUACAAGAUACAACAUCCCUAUUUGACCGGCUGACUUAGCAAGUUCACAAAGGGAACUUUGAGCCAUAGUUGGUGACAUGCAGGAGUUGGUUAAGGGAGACAUCCUAAGACGUGUUGGUGAGAGUGGAGUUCAGACUUUUAGUUUAAUUCCUCCUUUACCCUCGCUCCCUCUCCAUCUCCGUCUCCUGAGAGGCACCAGCUCUCGUGGUUUCUGGGGACUUCUGGGUAGCACAUGGAAACACUCUGUGGGGUUUUCAGAGCGUGCGGGAGUUGUUGGCCAUGUUCUACUCUUGAAGCCUUUAUACCAGUGGACAGAUGAAGAAAUGUCCCCGGAGUGCAACGUAGCCACAGAGAUGCGCCUUCCUUAGGGUCUUCUAGCAAGGGCCCUCUCAACGUUCAGAUAACGGUUCAGACGUUUUCUCUUGAGAAACCCUGUCUAACUCCCCAAAGAAUGCCCUGUCUUGUGCCCAGUAUGAAUUUUAUAUUGUCUUUUUUUGCCUCAUGUUUGUAGCUCUUAAUGAAAUUGUCUUGUGAAUGUAAUUGAUUGUUGAUUUAUUGCCAAGCCCUGUGGGCUCUUGGGAUAGUCUUGUCUCCUUGAUUACUGCAUUUGGUCUCGUGACAGUGAGUGAGUGAAUGGGUGACUGGGUGGCCGGUGUGCCUGGCCUCUUCCUCAGCCCCUGCCCAGAACCCU